AUGCUAAAGGUGCACGCGGAACAGAGCGCCAUCGCCAAUUCCUCGUUUAGUUUGCUUUCUCGCAUCCAGGCCAUGCUCUUAUAUGCGUUCCAUGCGCUCCAUGGAGAGAGUACGUCGCGGGUCGUCCACAUCGUGGGCGUCGUCAUGCGCUUUGCAAUCGCACACCGAUUCCACUGUAUACGCCACGAUGGCACCCAUGAAACAGAGAUGAAGAUCAAAGCGUGGUGGUGCAUAUACAUGUACGCCUCACUAAGCCAUGAAUCACUUACUUCCAUCUCUACUGCCGCUGCUAGGCUCGACAAAGUCGUCACCAUAACGCUGCGCAUCCCACCCUACCCACCAGCCGAGUGGAUCGAGACGCCACCGUACGAAAACAAGCCCGAGCCCCAGUAUUUCGCGCCCUGGGCGUCGUCGCGCAUUGCCGGGGACGCAGAGGGCGCGUUGUACAGUUUCGACCUGCGCUAUUUCGUCCACAUGUCCAAGAUCCGCCAGAUCCAAUCGGAGAUCUUGAGCAAUACGCGGAAACUGGCCGCUGCUUCUGUACCGCGGUAUCUCAAAGAGAUGGGGGCCGAGAUUGACAGGUGGGCGGAGAGUGAUAGGGUCUUUGCCAAUGGGUAUGCUUCCUCCACCUGCAUCUUCGUACUGGCUCGUUUAUUCCCCUUGGUUCCUGACAAGCUGGACAGGGAAACCCACCUAAACAGUGGGACCCAGUCCCAAGGCCAGGGCCAGGGCCAUGCAAGUCCCCUGGGCAAGGUGUACGUCGCGCACAUGACGCGCGUCGUGCUAUACAGCUCUGUGCCGUUCGGCACGGCAUCGCAUACCGCGGACGAGCUGCUCCAAUCCUGCUGUGCCUCGUGCGCUACAUUCAGAGCUCUGCAGAAACGAAGACAGAUCCCGAAGCACUGGUUCGAUAUGCUCUUCCUCUUCCAGGUCGGGGUCACGAUGCUGUAUCUUGUCUGGCAGCGGGCCGUGCCUAUAUCGCGAGCGCUCGAUCGUGCAGUGAGAGACUAUACAGUGAUCCUCUCGAUCUUUGCGGAUCGGUCGCAGCAUGCGGAUGUUUAUCGGGACUGUAUGGAUGUUCUGGCGAGUGGUGUGUUAAGAGCCUCGCCGGCUGGGAAUAUCGAUGCGGAGUUGAGGCGCGAUCUUGCGUUCUUGGUGUGUCAGAUUGAGGAGAAUGGGCUUGCCUCUCGGACUUUUACCAUGUUGGAGGAAAUGUGCAGGGGUGGGAAUGUACCUGAGGGUGGUGAUAAAUAA